ACACAAAAAGCCACAACGCGGAGCAUUUCGCCACACAUGAAGCUGUGCCGCCACACUCUUUAGUACGCACAUUUCAGCCAUUGUAUAUGAGUUUUCCCACUAAGCCAACAAAUACCAGUUACUCGCGCACAACAGACGCGAAGACAACAAAUCGUACGAUCAACGCAGGUAAAACGAUUAAACCGCUUGAGAUUAGUGGCAAACUAAAUAAAAUACCUGUUGAAAUUAAGAAACUAAUAUUAAAGUUAUCGCUUGUGAGGGGCGAAUAAAGCAUUUUGAGGAUUAAGUCGACAACAGACAGUGUCUAGCGGUUAGUGUAAAUUGGCAAAGACGACGGUACGCAAGCAUUUACAAGCGGAAUUGUGCAAAAUAAGUGAUAAAACUCAAAAAAAAUUUGGUUCGAUUUACAAGUAACAAAUUAUUUUCAUGACUACCCGCAUACAGAAAGCGUCGUAAGAAAGUUUAGUGUGAAAAGAAGUGAGAAAAAGUGAAGAGUUUGAAGACGAGAAAGCAUUUUGCAGCAGAAAAAGAUUGUUUUUUGAGCAUAGCAAAGGCGGCGCAAAGACCGAAGAGCAAUAGUAAACAAUUAAAAUCAAUUAUCGUUACUUCCUUUGACUACCACAAACACAACAAAUUUGUGCGAAAAAUGGUCAAGGCCGAGAGCAUACAGUACGAUGACAAUCAAGUGCCCUACAUCGACUUGGGUACUGCGGUAAUACGUAUGGAGAAAGAAGAAGCGCCAGAAUGGGCUUUGGAGAAAGCGCGUCAAGAAUUACGUGAGUUGCCGGAAAUAAUGGAACCGGCUAUUAAAAAGUUGCGCGAGUUAAUUGAAGAGGAGAAACACUUAAAGCUGCCUUUGGAUGAUGAAUAUAUGAAAAUGUUCCUGCGUCCAUGCCAUUACUAUCCAGAAUCGGCGAUGAAAAGACUCAAGAACUUCUAUCACAUGAAAUCGAAAUAUGGCGCACCCUGUGAGAAUAUUGUGCCUAGUAAACUGCGUAACGUUUUCGAAGAGGACAUUUUGGCAUUGUUUCCCAACAGAGAUCAACAUGGACGUCGAAUUCUCGCUAUUGAAGCAGGAAAGAAAUGGAAACCCUCUCGUGCCCCACUGGUCGAUCUCUUCCGCACAAUACAACUGACAGUCUUGGGCUCCAUGGCCGAACCACUUUCACAAAUCUGUGGCGCUAUAGUCAUUAUCGAUAUGGAGGGCCUACCCAUGAGUCAUGUUAUGCAGUUUACACCAUCUUUUGCCGCCAUGUUGCUGGACUAUGUGCAAGAAUGCAUUUGCAUGCGUCUAAAGGCGGUGCAUAUUGUAAAUAAUUCCUAUAUAUUCAAUAUGUUAUUUGCUAUCUUCAAGCCGUUCAUACGCGAAAAGUUGAGGAAGCGGAUUUUCUUUCAUGGCAAGGACUGGAAGUCGCUGACGUCGCAUGUCGAUAAGAAUUCGCUGCCUGUGAAAUACGGCGGCACCGGCACUUGGGAAUUGCCAUCCGGCAAGCUAUUGGGCGAUUUCUUCGACUGCUACUCAGCUGAUUACGAAUUGGCGGACACUUAUGGCUUUACGGAGGACUAUCAAAAGAAGAAAUAGUGCGCUGUGGUGUUGCCAACUUUCGCAUUUUAUAUAAUCAAAAUUUAUUUAAAGAUUUUUGGUAUUAUAGUUUUUUGAUAAAAAUCAUUUGAUUUACUUAAAUGGCAAACUUGUAGUAAUUUGUAUUUAAGUAUAAUAUAUGAAAUAAUAGUUCUUUUUUAUUGCUAUUGUGAUAUUACAGAAAUAUUUUAGUCAAACUUUGUAUUUAACAAAAUUAUUAUUAUUGGUAGUGUGUGUGCAUAUUUUAAAUUAAAAUUUUUAAAAUCCAAUGCUUGCCUUAUGCACCAUAAUACCAUUAAAUUGACAUCAGAAAAAAACAAACAUGUAAAUGUGCAGUCUAGUUAAUAGUUAAUAAGAUUUGUGGUGAUGUUAAAAUAUCAAAAAAAAAAAACAAAUAUAUAUACACACAUAU